AUGACCCCGCUGCCCGAAGAAAGCGGGCCGGGAGAAAGUAUACGUCACGGGCUUGCGAGGAAUGCCGUCGACGAAGAGCAAAGUGCGAUGGAGCUAGACCAUCUUGUUCACGAUGUCUCGAUCGAGGGACCCGCUUCCUAUGUUGUGAUGCUGCGUAGCCGGAUCGAGCUACUGGAAAAGGUACUUAAGUCCCACGGUAUUGAUGCCGAUGCAUCUGUUGCCCAAUUGAUAGCAGAGGAGGAAUCCUCAAAUCAACCAAUCUAUCCGAGCUGCGUGGCAGGGUCAUCGAAUGUCGAUGAUAUAUGUGUGACUUUUGAUGGAGCCCUCACCCUUGAUGAAUCCUUGAACUUUGAUCAGGAUGGCGAGGUCCGAUAUUUUGGUCCUACCAGUGGGCGUCUGCUAUUCCGAUCUUCAGCGAACGCCUCUCCAACUGAAGAGGCGUAUCAAACAGACGCUUCCUGUAACGGAUGUGCACCGGGAGAUCCAUCUCUCAGCAUGUCCAGAGUCUACAAGACCUCGACAGAUGAUCAUGUUGACAUGCUAGGGGAUAGCUCGAUAUCAGAUGAACUCGAAGCUUAUUUGAUCGAUCUAUAUUUCGAAUGGGAACAGCCGUGGCUCCAGGUAGUCAACGAGACACUGUUUCGAGAAAGUUUGGCCUGCGGUGGGCGGUACUGCAGCCCGCUCUUGCUGAAUUGCAUCCUCGCUCUGGGUUCUCGCUACUGCGACCGUCUUGAAGUGCGAGCAGACCCAAAUGAUUCAAAUACAGCUGGAAAAUAUUUCAUUGCCAAAGCCGAAAAGCUUAUUCAACACGAUCUCAGGUGGCCCAAGAUCACGACUAUUCAAUCUCUGGCCAUUAUGGGCAUGGUCUACAUCGCAAUGGGCUCUGAUGCCUCUGGAUGGCUUCAUCAAGGAAUGGCAAAUCGCCUUGCCUUGGACAUGGGGCUCAACAUGGAUCCUGCUGUGCUCGCAGAAAAGGUCGCUCUGUCACCGAUUGAGAUUGAGUUACGGAGACAGAUUUACUGGGCGCUUUACUGCAAUGACAAGCUUUCAGCAAGUUACACAGGCAGAGUGUGUACUUUGCUGGAUUCCCAAGGCGCCGUCAAUAUGCCGUACCUUCAAUGCACAUCCGAAAUUCGCCUCCCUUCUGCAAAUGGCGGGCUACGAGCUGCAUCCCAGAAAGAAGUGACAGGAUUACAUCGGUCAAUGAUCUCCCUUUGUCGUAUUCUGGAAAAGAUCCUCCUCUCCCUAUGGUCACCAAAACCCCUUAUCCACGCCCACCAGCGCUCAGCAUUUUUCGACUCAUGUAUUCUCGAGCUCAAAACAUGGGCCUACGACUUACCCUCUGAACUCAAGAUGGAUCGACCAAAAGGACCCUCACGAUUCCCUCACGUCUACACUAUGUCUAUGGUGUACCAUACCGCCUACCUACUUCUCUGCGAACCGUUCAUGAAAGAGCAUUAUUCAUCGGACGAUGCAAGCAACACAACAUCCCCAGUCGAAUCAAAAGUAGGCAAGAAUUCAUGCGAAUCUCUCCGACUCGAAAAAGCAAUAUCCAGCUGCUGCGCCUCGGUUAGGUCCAUGGUCAUCAUCGCUCAGAAGUAUAGACAGAUGUUUGGAAGCUUCAAACUAAGCCCCAUUACCGCUACACACUGCAUUUUAUCUGCUGGAUUGAUCAUCGUCGAGAAAUGCUGUUCUCUUGAUUACUCCCAGCUGAAGCAAAGUUCCGGAGAUGAUGUGCCUCGCAUGCUACCCCCGCACGCUGCCGCAGGUCUGUGCUUCCAAGUUCUCCGAGAACUCUCUACAUCCUGGAAUAUCGCCAAGCGAAUCGGGUGUAACCUCGAAAAGGUAUAUAUCCAGCGCUACGGAGUCGACCACCUACCCCCACUGGUGCAGGUCGGUGAUCCCAUCACCGAACCCCGGUCAGUAGGACCAGAUGGUCCAUGGGAACCCGGCAUUCCUCCUUUACAUGCAUUCGAGGGAGUAUUCGAUGUCCAGAACGGGAAAUUUGAGGAUCCUCUCUCGCUUCAUCUGGAGAAUCCAUUUGCCCACCCGCAUAACCCAAAUAUGAACCAGCUUCACGAUCAGCCUUUUGAUGGUACCCAGCAGAGUCUCCCCACUUUAGACGAACUCUUUGCGCAUAAUCUUGGGGUUGCAUUUACCCCGGAUUGCUUACCGAGUGAUUACAACAUGUUUGAUACUUUGAAUCAGAUGUAUCUAGAAGAGACUUGGUGA